AUGGCACCAAAAGUCGCUAUUAUUAUUUAUACACUUUAUGGACAUACUGCCAUCUUGGCUGAAGCCGAACAGAAGGGUGUUCAGGCAGCUGGUGGUUUAGCUGAUAUUUUCCAAGUCCCAGAGACUUUAGCUCCAGGCGUAGUCGCAGCCCUUGGCGGUCGCCCAAAGCCUGCCUAUCCAUUGGCUACAAAUGCCACUUUGGAGGAGUACGAUGCAUUUUUGUUUGGUAUUCCAACUCGAUUUGGUAAUGCUUCAGCACAAGUUCGCGCAUUCUGGGAUGCCACUGGAGGUCUUUGGAUGAAGGGUGCACUGCAUGGAAAGCCUGCUGGUGUUUUUGUCUCAACAGGUACCGGUGGUGGUAAUGAAGCUACCAUUAUUAACAAUUUGUCAACUUUAGUCCACCACGGUAUGAUUUUUGUUCCUUUGGGUUACAAAAAUGCAUCCAGUGAGUUGAGCAACAUGACUGAGGCACAUGGUGGCUCUGCAUGGGGUGGUGGAACUUUUGCAGGUGCUGAUGGGUCAAGAAAACCAUCUGACUUGGAGUUAAGGGUCCACGAGAUUCAAGGUAAAACUUUUUUUGAAACAAUAAAGAAAUUUUGA